CGGCCCGGCACCUUUCGGCAAUGCACCCCUCGCGCACUAAUUCAUCAAGUUUUUGUCAUUGCGGCAGGAGCAGACACCUUGAUCAUGGCUGAUAACGAGGAUGUAAAGCCCAAAGCAACGCUCUACUGGCUCGAUCGAUCCCGCUCGCAGCGCAUACUAUGGCUCUUACGGGAGUGUCAAGGCCUUGACUUUGACGUCAAGAUCUUCAAACGUCAAUCUAACCAGCUCGCACCGCCCGAGUUGAAAGAGAUCCAUCCACUGGGUAAAUCUCCCAUUGUGUCAAUCGAAGCGCCAGCAAGCCCGAAACCUCUAAUUUUAGCGGAAUCUGCGAUGAUUGUGGAAUAUCUCUGCGAGCAUUUCGCGACACAUCUCAUUCCGAAACGUUAUCGCGACGGCAAGGAGGGUCAGGCUGGUGGCGAGACUGAGCAAUGGCUGCGGUACCGCUACUUCAUGCACUAUGCGGAGGGGUCGCUGAUGAUCGUGAUGAUUCUGGCUGUUGUGAUGGAUAUGAUUGGGAACAACCCCAGCACGCCCUUCUUCAUCAGACCUAUCACUCGCAUGAUCGUUGGUGGUGUGAACUCAGCAUUCCUCGGACCGCAGAUGGCUCUGCAUUUCAAGUUCUUGGAAGACCAGAUUGCUACUGCGCCUGAGGAUGGGCCUUUCUUCUGCGGCAAGUCAUUGACGGGAGUAGACAUCUUGCUGUCAUUUCCGCUCAUUGCCGCGAGAGGCAGGAUUGAAGCUAAGCAGUAUCCGAAGCUUAAUGCCUACAUUGACAUGAUUGAGGGGCUUGAGAGCUACAAGGCAAGCGUCAAGCAGAUCGAAGAGAUUAGCGGCGAGCCGUAUCAGUCACGACUUUAAUAAUAAGAUGGUCAUUGUCCAGAGUACCUGCAUGUUCGAAGCGAUUCUCGGAUAAUGAAACGAUGUCCUUAACAUGUCCCGCGUGCCGACGGAAAACGGCACAUCCGAGAGACCUAAGCCGCACGGCGGAUGAAUGUAGAUCUCACGUUACAUACAUAUAUGCGUAGUAAAUGUCAGCAGCGCGUG